AGAAGUGUUUGUAGAGAGGUGUUUUUCGAAUUCCUGAAAGUUGAUAUAGCAAGAAUUGGUUUUUAAAGAGGUGAAUUUACAGAGAAGAACAUUUUAAGUGUUGGGUUUUUUAUUUUUCGUUAAGUCUGGGAAUUCCCAAAGCAGGCAGUUUUAACUCCGACAUUUUCCCAUCUUCAAGGAAUGCCAAGGGAACUAACCCAAAACAGAAUCCAAAAGAUCUGGAUUCCCUUUAAGGAUGAUAAACCUUCAAUUCCCCGCGCAUCAAGUGGAGCCCCCCACCUGGCAAAUCCUCCUACAGUGAUAGUGAUGGUUGGGCUUCCUGCUCGGGGGAAAACCUACAUAUCAAGAAAACUGACACGGUACCUCAACUGGAUUGGUAUUCCCACAAAAGUCUUUAACGUUGGCGAGUAUCGCAGAGAAGCGGUGAAACACUACAGCUCCUUCGAUUUCUUCAAAUCGGACAAUGAGGAUGCCAUUAAAAUCAGACAUCAGUGUGCCUUGGCCGCUCUGAGAGAUGUCAAGAUUUACCUUACUGAAGAUGAAGGUCAAGUGGCUGUUUUUGAUGCCACAAACACAACAAGAGAGCGUCGGGACAUGAUCCUGGAGUUUGGUGCUGAAAAUGGCUUCAUGGUCUUCUUUAUUGAGUCCGUCUGUGACGACCCAAAUGUAAUCGCCUGUAAUAUCUUGGAAGUGAAAGUGUCAUGCCCUGACUACCAAGACUGCAACAAGACAGAUGCCAUGGAGGACUUUAAGAAAAGAAUCGAUUGCUACAGAGUAAACUAUCAGCCACUUGACCCUGACCAAUAUGACAGAAAUUUGUCCUUCAUCAAAGUGAUUGACGUUGGUCGCAGAUUCCUGGUGAACCAGAUUCGAGACCAUAUCCAAAGUCGGAUUGUCUACUACCUGAUGAAUAUCCAUGUGCAGCCAAGGUCUAUCUACUUGUGUCGUCAUGGCGAGAGCCAGCAUAACCUACAGGGCCGUCUUGGUGGAGAUUCUGGCCUAUCUACACGUGGACGAAAGUUUGCAGGAGCUCUUGCGAACUUUGUGGAGGAGCAAAACUUGAAGGACUUGAAAGUUUGGACCAGUCAGCUGCGUCGCAGUAUCCAAACCGCCGAGGCCCUUAAUGUGCCGUACAAGCAGUGGAAGGCCCUGAACGAAAUUGAUGCUGGUGUGUGUGAGGAGAUGACCUAUGAAGAAGUCAGGGAGAGGUUUCCAGAGGAGUUUUCUCUGAGAGAUCAAGACAAAUACUACUACCGUUACCCCUCUGGAGAGUCAUAUCAGGACUUGGUUCAGCGUGUGGAACCUCUCAUCAUGGAACUGGAGAGACAGAAGAACGUUCUGGUAAUCUGUCACCAGGCUGUGAUGCGCUGUCUUCUCGCCUACUUCCUGGACAAGAGUGCAGAUGAGAUGUCGUACCUGAAAUGUCCACUUCAUACAGUGCUGAAGCUGACCCCAGUGGCUUAUGGGUGCAAGGUGGAAUCGAUCUCUCUGAAUGUAGAGGCAGUGAACACACACAGGGACAGACCAGAGGAGGUAAAGAGAGGCCCGAGCAUGCUGAUCAGAAGAAACAGUGUGACCCCUCUCACCAGCCCUGAACCCAAUAAGAAGCCUCGUAUCGAAGGUCUGGAUGAACCAAUCAUCAGAGCGCUGACGCCCACUCCGCUCACCCUUUGCUCAACUUCACACACCACUCUUGCCCUGUCCACACAGCACUGGCUUAGUGAAGCUUGUCUAACCUGAAGAAAUGCUCCAUGGAGUGCCAUGAAGCCCCCCAGCUCUGCCUGUGAGAUAUUUGGCUGUAUUGCUUUUCUCAGCAUGGAAGCAUUUCCUGCCAAGCUGCUUCCUCUUACAGAGGAGUCUUACUGAGUGCCACCUGGCCUUUUCUAUUGAUCCUUCAUGAAUUUGUAAUGUAUGUGUAGUGUGGUUUGUUCAAGUAUAGAGUUACGCUGUUUGUAUUUUGUUUUUGUGUAUGAAAGGAAAUCGGAGCCCAUAUUUUCAGCUACCCCCACAUUCUUUGACACUAUAUCCCUUUUUACAUAACAGGAUACAACUUCAUUUUAUUCUGGUCUCAGCCAGUUUUUAACACCGAUUCGGUAAGGUUAUGCCCCUGAGCUUUGAAGGCCGAUGCUGAAAGACGGCAAAGAUCACCUGCUGUUAUUUGCAGGCUUUCAUGUCUAUUCUGCACUCUCUUUAAAAUACAUGCUGCAAAUGAUUAGCACAUUAUAAUUGCACAUUUAGACAAUUUGCAUAUAUUUGUCUUAAUUUCUGAGGGCAGUAAUGAAUCUUGCUGCUGGCAGUUUUGUAGGCUGUUUUAAAGUUCUCAUUUUUGAUUUCAGUUGCAGAAUCAUUUGUUACGUAUGUGGAUUGUGAGUGUGUUAUUUAUGUAAUGUUUGUUUUGAAGACCUAAUGACAAGGUCAGUGUAUAAGGUUGUAAAAACGGGGUGUUUUAUGUGUUUUUGGAUGGACAAAGUGAAACUGUUUAUACUUGUUGUUUAUAUUCGAUGUCGUCUAUGGUGCGGUGGAGAUGAGAUGAACUUUUUACACUAUUCAUUUAUUAAAUCCCUAGAGUGCCUUGUGCUUGAGAAAUCAGGCCAGUGCUGCUUUUUUACAUUAUAAUAUGAGAUUUUAAACAUUUAACAUUUCAGUGUAUUUGUAUUCUUAAUUAAAUUUUAGUUAGCACAUCUUCUCGUGUGUCGUCUUGCUGCCUGAUCAAGAGAUUUAUAGUAUUUGAUAAAGUAUGUAGAGAUGCGUUUACCCUUGUAAACCAAAUGUUUACAGUUGAAUUCCUAAGAGACUUUCAAUAACAUAUAGAAUAGGAGUGAAACUCUAAUGCUUUAAAUAUUUUUUUUUUUUUAUUUUUUUUAAGUGUACCAGCUUUAACUGGUAACACUCGCCCAGAAUAAAAAGCAAGGGAUUAAGUAGGCAUGUAAAUGUUAUUAUGCUUUGUAAAACAUUUCUAUUUAUCACAUGAUUAGGUGCAAUGUUGUAUAUUGGCUCUUAACGGUAAUGCAUUUAAUUGCUUCUGAUACUUGAACCUUAUUUUGUAAUACCUUUUUGUUAAAAUAUUUAUUUAUUUGUACUAGACUGUAUUAACUUGUGUUUCAAGCACCUUGUUCUUUGAGAUUGUAGGGCAUAUCACCAAGCCUAAUUCUCUCUUUUGAAGAAAGUGAACUAUUUAUAUUGCAUUUAAUGGAUCAAUAAAGAGUCUAAAGGAG